AUGUUUAAGCAACGGAUUUGUAUAAAACCGAAAUGUCAAGAAGGUAGCGGUAACAUAAUAUCGAUAACGCUUCCUCGCCCGCGAACUGGGUUACCCGCACGUUACGUUCUUCAAGACGGGAAUUUAUAUGAAGCAUUAUGUGUAGAUUAUGAACAGCAAAAAUCUUGGUUUGUUAAAGACACAAUUGAAAAAGAUGGUAGCAUCGUGUUUUUUACUCAAUUCGAUCCAAUAUUUUUGUUAAUACCAAUUCUGGAUAAUUGUCGAAAAAAGAAUUCAGAGUUUCAAGGCCUGUUUCUCUCAUUUGACGAUAUUUUAGAUAAUCCUGAGUACCCCAGUUUAACGCGAUUAUCUUCGAUAAAUAAUAUUCUAUUAUAUAUGGAUUGGAUUUGCGAUAGUAAAGAAUUAUUGGACAACAAAGUUUAUAGACUGAAUGACGAAAAAGUAAUGAAUUGGUUAAAAAAAAAGGUUACAAACAUCUUACCCAAAUUUGAUAAUGAUAAAUAUAAAUCUUUUAAAAAAAUCAACCAACAAUUGGAUGAUGAGAUAGUCGACGAAGAACACCGACAUGAACAUCGAUUAAAAUACACGCUAGAAAUUGUUAUGGAAUAUCUACCAAAUUAUUGGGUUGAGCAAUUGAAAAAAGAAUACAAUUUUGAAGAACUUGGCACAUGGGAUAAUAGUACUGUCGUAUACAUGUCGGCAAUUUCUACUGAUAAUCGCGUGAAACAACCUGUUGAAAAAGAUACCAGUUCGACUGUAAAGAAACGUAAAUUAACAGUCGGGCAAGCAUCCUUGGCUAAAGCUAAUAAAAAAGGAAUGAAGCCACUAACAUCUUUCUUUGCUAAAAGUUCGCAAACAGAUGAUAAAAUCUAG